AUGCCCAGACGACGCCUCAGAAUCAACUGCUCUUCUGAUUCUGAACAAGAAGAAGAACCAAAUCAACCACAAUCCACUCAUUUCUAUCAAAAUAACCAACAACCUAAUACUACUCACCCACCCGUCAAUUUAUCCCCUUCAACUCCUAAUCCUAAUCCUAAUCCUAAUACUAACCAGAACCCUAACCCUAAUCCUUAUCCUCCCGACCCCUUACCUAUCUCCGACGAAGACGAUGAAAUUGACUCCUUCACCGAACCCCCAACGACAGCACCCGAAAAUUCUCCGAUUGCCGAUAUGCUAUUGACUCUUGGACUGAGGUUGAAGAGAGAUUGGCUAUAUUCUUGUGUUCAAGGACUCAAGAGUUCUGUUUCAGGAUUCUCAAACCUCGAUGUUGCGGCAAAAGCAAAGCUCUGUUUUCAGCAGUUUUUGUUUUCGGACAUGAAUUAUUGUGGUGCUGGUGUGCUUCCAAACAAUGUGGACUCAUUGCAUCUGGUGGAUCUCAAGGGACCUUUUGUUUUGCAGGUUGACGAAAUAGUUAAUAUCAGCUGUCCUCUACGAGGCAGGUUUCAGGAUACAGCUUCUGGUAUCAAGAGGUGCCUCAAGUUGUCCAUGACAGAUGGUGCUCAACGUGUGUUUGGCAUGGAGUACAGGCCAAUUAAAGAUCUCAAAGUUUUGGCGCCUGCUGGAUUGAAGGUUGUCAUUUGUAAUGUACAUAUACGGCAUGGACUGCUAAUGCUGGUUCCUGAAGCUCUAGAAGUCCUUGGAGGAAUGGUGCAGCAGUUGGAAGUGGCGCGUCAGCAUCUUGUUGAGGAAGUAAACAAGCCACCGAGGGGCAAAAGAACAAGGACAGGAGUUGUUCCUUCUUUAGCUACUAGGGCUACCCUCGCUGCAUGGCCUUCAAAUGGGUUCAAUGUUACUGGGCAGACCAAUAGUUCAAUAUCAGAGAAUGCAACUUCCUUCCAAGCAAAUGAGCAAGCCUGGCAGACCAACGGUUCAACAUCACAUAAUGCAACUUCUUUCCGAGCAAAUGAGCAAGACUGGCAGGCCAAUAGUUCAGCAGCACAGAAUGCAACUUCCUUCCAAGCAAAUGAGCAAGCUGCUCCUGUGGUUUCAUCAGGCACUGCUAUCAGUCAAAGAAAUACGACUGUUCCCAUCAAUGGGGUUGCUGUGGCUAAUUCAUCAUCUGGAGUUGUCGUGGAUUUUGAGGAGAUGCAUAUAGAUGCUGUUCCCACUAGCCGGGUGGAGGAGGUUGAACACCCACUCAUAUUAUCUGGAGAACGUGAAAUUCCAUUCACUUAUUUGGCGAGUUUGUCAGCAAAGUGGGCUGCUAUGAAGGAGAAAACCCCUUCUGUUCAGGGUAAAAUUAAGUGCUUUUUAACCGGUGUUAAGAGAUUCCAAUAUAAAGGGAGGGAAAGAUAUGAGCUCCUGGUUUAUGUUGAUGAUGGUAGCCUCAUCUCUGAAAUCCUGAUUGACCACAAUGUUGUACAGAAUGGAAUAGGUUAUUCUCCUGCGGAGGUCACUGCUGCUCUUUCCUCAUCAGAUACGAAAACAGUUAGUGAUAUGAAGGAGACUUUCAGACAGUUCCAAUUACUUUUAGUGACUUUUGAGGGAACAAUGCUUGUGGAGAUGAACGAAACGUCUCCUCGACCAAUUGUCCUUGAGAUGACCCAGGGCUGUCCUUCAUCUGAUGCACGGUUGCUUCUGAGAAGAAUGAAGCCCCCUCCUGCUCGUGCCCAGACUCCACCUUGUCCGUUUAUGAAUCCCAUUGAAAUUUCUCCUUGAUUUGACCCCACUUUUAACGCCCUUGUAUAGUUGCUUGAGAUGGAAAGUUGAAGGACGAUGAAAAUUAGUUUCAACAAAAAUCUGCAGUUGUUCCCGAUUGUAUAUUGUUCUUGGUGAUUCUUUAAAUCGUUCACGAAUUGAAUGGAACUUGUUCCCGAUUGUAUAUUGUUCUUGGUGAUUCUUUAAAUCGUUCACGAAUUGAAUGGAACGGCAUGAAGAUUCAAAUGAUGACAACUGUUGCCUAUCCAUUCCUGGUUGCUUGGUUGAAGUUUGCUUGGUCCAUCAGAAUAAAGAUGAUUAAAAUAACUGGAUUAAGCCAUCAUUUGUGCUAGAAAGAAUUCCGUUGACUGCUGUCUGUCGUAUGGAGAAAAGUGACUAUAUCUUAGGUGAAAAUGCGAAGCCAGCCAGCUACAAUGUGGAGACCAAUCUACGAGAACAGGAUGGAAUUCGAAAGCUGCCCCAUCGGCCUCAUUCAUAAACGUGGUAUGUCUUUUCCUUCCCCAAAUUUAUGAAAUACCUUUUGGAUUGCUUGAUCUUAAAUCAUGUUAUUUAAGUUUUUUUUUCCUAAAUAAUCAGCGUCAAUGCUCAAUUUUUUAGAUAGAGCAAUGAUUGUUUCUCUUGUAAGAUGCUGGAAUA